GGAGAUGGCGGAGCUGUACGUGAAGCCGGGCAACAAGGAGCGUGGCUGGAACGACCCGCCGCAGUUCUCCUACGGGCUGCAGACCCUAGCUGGGGGACCCAAGCGCACGCCGCUCACCAAGAGGGUCGCCGCUCCCCAGGAUGGCUCCCCUAGAGUCCCCACCUCACAGACUUCUCCUGGGCCUCCCGCAGUGGGGCCUCCACCUCCUUCUAAUAAGGCUUCCAGGCCCCCACCUGUGGGAAGUUGUCCUGCCUCCAGUGUGGAGCCAACAAAUUUCCCAGUCAUCGAAUCUGAAACUCUGCUGGAAGAUGUGCUCAAACCUUUGGAAGAGGUACUGGAGGACUGCCGUGGCCACACAAAGAAGCAAGUAUGUGAUGACAUCAGCCGCCGCCUGGCUCUGCUGCGGGAACAGUGGGCUGGAGGGAAGCUGUCAGUGCCUGUGAAGAAGAGGAUGGCUCUGCUGGUGCAAGAGCUUUCAAGUCACCAGUGGGAUGCAGCAGAUGACAUCCACCGCUCACUCAUGGUUGACCAUGUGACUGAGGUCAGUCAGUGGAUGGUGGGAGUUAAAAGAUUAAUUGCAGAAAAGAGGAAUCUGUCUUCAGAGAAAGAGUCCAAUGAAGAGAAAUCUACAGCCACAGCUGAGGAGAACCAGACGGCAGGCGUCCAAGAGGCUCCAUAAUCCCCCGUGGGAUCCCGACUCACACCAUUUCCUAUGCCUGGGCCUUCUCUCACCUGGCUCCCUUACCAUUUGGGAGACUGUCUGCUUCCUUGGGAUCCUUUGCCUGAUCUACCCAUCUCUGGGGGAAGAGGUGUCAGCCACCUGGGCCAC